CUGCGCCUUUUAUAUUUAAAUACCUUUAAACGAAUUUCCCGCCAUGGCUAUGCCCUUUGUGCCUCCCCUGAAUUACACUCGGGUGAAGGAUAAUCGGCCACACCGGUUCGCAUACGAUUUCGGGUCGGUAGACCCAGGAAUGUUUGCCCCUGCGCCCGACCACAACCGGCCCAAGCGGGCUCCACGCCGCACAGUCUCAUAUACAAUACCGCUGCCAGACGACCCGACAACUUCUGUGCAAUCAGAUGACCUGUACGGGCAUGUGCUCGGUCGGGAAACUGGCGGCGUGCUGUUCUCUGGCGGCCGCGACGGCGUGGUGAAAGCAUGGUCACUGGACUUCCCCCUGCGCGAAACGCCUGCUGCCAAUGGCCUGUCAUCAUGGUCAAUAGACAGGCACAGGUUGAAGCACGCUGCAAAACCAAGGUCGUCGCUAAAGACAUCCCGAAUCCUGCACUCGGACUGGAUUAACGAUUUGGUCGUGGCCAACAACGGGAACACCAUCACCACGAUUGGUUCCCAUCUGGAUUACCGCCAGAUGAUCAAGCUCUGGGACCUGUCGAUGGCUGGCAGCGGUCCCGUGUACCCUGUCAGCGAAUUUGGCGAUGCCUCUGAAUCCUCAAGUGUCUAUACUCUGGCGUGCAAUGCCGCCGGCUCCCUGGUCCCGGUUCGCGUGUGGGAUACGCGCAUGGGCAAGCAGGUGACGAUGCUGUCGGGCCACACCGACCACAUCCACUCGGAACUCGUGCUUUCGGGAUCAUCGGACACCACAGUGAAGCUAUGGAGUAUGCGCAUGCGUCGGUGCCUGUCGACGUUCUCGCAGCACAACGACUCGACAUUCUACUCUGCGAGCCGCGAUGGUCUGGUUGCCAAAACUCACCACCAGAGUUUAUCAGCAGCGCCACAGUCGCCUGGGUAUGCAAACUCGGGCGUCGUCUGUGUGGCCGUAGCGAAGGAGCCGCAAGGUGUGGUGAAGCUGGUUGCUGCCGAUGACUCGCUCAACCGCUGGCGCGACGUCACCGUGCCCCGUGGCGCCCUUGCGCCAAUCGCGCGUGCGAACGGCGAGUCGGGCUCCGAACGGUCGGUCAUCGGCACCUGGCAGGCGUUCACACUGCAUCCCAACCACCAUGGGCGGCACCGGCGCACACAUACAGCAGACCCACAGGGCAAUGCAGAGUCUCGAGGCCAAGCAGCCGUGUCGCCAGUACUCAAGGCUAUCCAUGCAGAAUGGGUCAAGCGCGGUGACCAGUACUACGACGCGAAUUCUCAUGGCAGCGAGUCCCGCUCGCAGUCCAUGGGCACCAUGCAGCAUCCAACAUCAAUCACUUCAGUUCUAGCCUCGCACUCGGCCACACCCAUGGCCAUCCCGGGCCGCUCCAAGGCCGAAAGUCGGCGCAAGGACACCGCCAGGCAGAACGAGUACGAGAUGCUGUCAGUGCCCGAGUCGCCGUUGCCAGACUCGUCGUUUAUGAAAGCUGAGGUGCAUAAGGCUGUCGGCUCUCCCAGACAACUGCCGCAGGUGGCAGCCGAAGCUGUGCCACACGGCUUGCACCGGCACAAGAUUCUAGACAACAAGCGCCAGGUUUUGGCGCAGGACACGCGUGGCCGUGUAUCGCUCUGGGACUUGCUUCUGUGCUGUCGUAUCUACGAGUUCCCCGAGACCGAGGAGCAGGCCAAGGCGAGCCACAUGUUCCCUGGUAUCUGUGGUCGCGACUUUGAGUCAAUUCAGAUGGCCAUCUCGACCGAGCCCGAGUCAGUUAAUACCUGGUGCCAUGUCGACACCAAAAUUGGUGCUCUGACUGUGCGCCUUGACGAGAGCCGCGUAUGGAACGCCGAAGUUCACGUAGACGAGGUAGAUGGUGUUACCGACGACACACUCCGGGCUAUGGGGGACCAUGAGCGCGUCAAUAUCGGAAAUUGGAUGCUGAAGCGCUUGUUCUUGCCAUACGUCCGCAGCCGUAGCAAGCGCGGUCCGUUGUCACGCCAUGAUGCCACGCUGCUCAACAGAUGGGUCACCCAGGUGCCAACCGGCGCUGUGGUGUCAGCUGUGCAGAAUGAGCCACCCAGAAGCGCACCUCCUGAGCCAGUUAGCUUGCAGGCAGCAAAGGCGCCGGGGUCGAUGAGCCCGCAGCUGUCUCAGAUGGCAACCCUGGCGUCGGUGGAUGAGGAGCUGGAGCACCAGCAGAUGCUGAAGAGCCGGCCAAAAGCGUCAAUUGCGUCACAGUUGCUAGCAACCACCAAACAGAUUGGUAUCCAGAGCGCCCAAAACGACAGUUUGCUGGUUGUGCCAAACAAAGUGCCAUUGGCGGGGCAGGCAAGCCGGCAGUCUGUUUCCUAUGAGGCUGAUGGUGAUGACGAAGACGACUGCACAGCGACAUUGGCUAAUGGUGGAUCGGCAAAAAGCGAUGGGGCAUGGAGCGCUGGCCAGCUGCCGAACGGACCAGCGGCAGGCAGAGCCAGGACCACGCCAAAGCUGUUCUCCCAGUCAACGUAUUUGGGAUCACCCGGCCACCAGCAUACACCGUCCAUCGAUACUGCUGCUGCUCCUAAUACUACAGGUUCUGCGACCCCAACAGCACCAGCUCAAGCCCAACAGCAACAACAGCAACAGCAAGCGAAGGCAGACGACUCCGAGUCCAAUGCGAGCAACGGGUCUUCUGGCAAGUUUAUGGAGCGACUCCGGUCGAUGCGAGUGCGGCGGCAAAAGAGCUCGCCGUCAUCCCACAGCGGCCAGGCCAACCCUACCAGUGCGAGCAACAGCCCAAGUGCAGCACCAGCAACAGUGGCAGCGCCUGCUUCCCAGCAACCAGCUCAGCCGGCCCCACCGUCCCCGCCGGCCCAGCAGCCCCCCCAGAUGCAUACUAACGGCAGCAGCCCAACGCAGCCCAAAGUGCGUGAGAAGGACGAGUUUGCAGAGUGGGCGGGGCCGCGGUACCCAACCGAGACCGAGCGCUCGCUGGCGCUCUUGCAGCAUCCGCCAGCACCCUGGGACCAGCUGUAUUCGCCAACCAUCUGCCCGCGCCUGCCUCUGCCGCACAACGUCGUGAUCCACUUGAGCCAGGAGCAUUUUGAGGCCUCGGAGCCCUACCCGAUCUACCGCAAUACCAUCGAGCUGAUGGCGCACCCCGAGCACAACGACACGUCCCUCUCGCUGUUCCGGCUCGCUGACGACCCGGUUCUGUCGCUCGAGCUGUGCAUGCCGGCAUGGCUGACAGACUUUUUGCUAUUCAACCGACUGCCAGCAGGCCAUCAGGAACCAGCAAAGCUGUCGUUUAUUCUGGCGCCGUCGCCAACCACUACGCUGGCACCGUUCCCGAACCCCAAUGCGCGACUCGUGGCAAACCGCAAUCUGCGAGCACGCAAACUGGCCAUGUAUGUGGUGGACAAGCUGGCGCUGCCGCUGAUGCAGCAACCAGCACCCAACUACAUCAACGCGGUUGAUUCGUGCGUGCGCGCAUACCAGGGCACAGGCACGCACGUGGACCCGCGCACGGCUGGCUCUGGCAACCCGUAUAUAGACCUGUUUGUUGCUGCAGGGGAGACCAUCAGCGAGGAUAUUAUGCGGAGGAAGAAGAUGCAGGAGCCUGUGGAGGCAGUUGAGGAAUACAUUGGGCGGCCCGAGAUGUACCUGGAUCUGGCGUGCAAGGGGAAGACGGUUGCGCCCAGAUUCACACUGGCGACCAUCAAGGCCCACCUGUGGAAGUCAAGCAACGAUAUCAUGGUGCACUACUCGUGGGCCGAGUUUGUCAAGAACCGGGUGGCCAAGGCGCAGAGUCUGCCGGCCGUAAAGUAAAAUAUGUUCUUUCGUACAGC